AUGCGGGAGGCCAGUGCAUGUGCAGAAGUUAUGGGGCACCAAGAGGGACACUUCAUGCUCAAGGCAUCCCUCUAGUUAAAUACAGUUGCAAGAAAAAGUAUCUGAACCCUUUGGAACGAUAUGGAUUUCUGCACAAAUUGGUCAUAAAAUGUGAUCUGAUCAUCAUCUAAGUCACAACAAUAGACAAUCACAGUCUGCUUAAACUAACAACACACAAAGAAUGAAAUGUUGCCAUGUUUUUAUUGAACACACCAUGUAAACAUUCACAGUGCAGGUGGAAAAAGUAUGUGAACCCUUCGAUUUAAUAACUGGUUGAACCUCCUUUGUCAGCAAUAACUUCAACCAAACAUUUCCUGUAGUCAGAGCAUUUGCCUCGGGCGGCAUUUUUCAGGGGGCGGCAAAAAAAGCGGCCCCCAAAUGCCCAGGGCAAAUGCCUAGUUAGCCUUGCGGCUAACAGACAUGCCGAGCGGGUAGGCGGCACUGGGCGGGUGGCUGGCGAGGGAGCACGUCCUCUGAGCGGUCUGCUCAGCUCCCUUGCGCGCCGCAGACUGAGGCUGGGAGCCGGGUUGAUGACGUCAUAUUCCGGCUCCCAGCCUCACUCUGAGGCGCGCGAGGGAGCCAAGCAGACCGUUCAGAGGAAGAGCUCCCUCGCCAGUGCCGCCCGCCCGGUAGCCACUGGACCCCCAGGGAGAAAGGGAACCCCCCCAGCAUUCCCAAAGGUAAGGUGGGGGGUUGGGGGACACCUGAGUUUUGUCCUGCCUAGGGCAGCACAAAACCAGGAUACACCACUGCCUGUAGUUGCAGAUCAGACGUGCACAAUGGUCAGGAGUAAUUCUUGACCAUUCCUCUUUACAGAACUGUUUCAGUUCAGCAAUAUUCUUGGGAUGUCUGGUGUGAAUCGCUUUCUUGAGGUCAUGCCACAGCAUCUCAAUUGGGUUGAGAUCAGGACUCUAACUGGGCCACUUCAGAAGGCAUAUUUUCUUCUGUUUAAGCCAUUGCGUUGUUGAUUUACUUCUAUGCUUUGGGUCAUUGUCCUGUUGCAACACCCAUCUUCUGUUGAGCUUCAGCUGGUAGACAGAUGGCCUUAAGUUCUCCUGCAAAAUGUCUUGAUAAACUUAAGAAUUCAUUUUUCCUUUGAUGGCCAUCCAGGCCCUGACGCAGCAAAGCAGCCCCAAACCAUGAUGCUCCACCACCAUACUUCACAGUUGGGAUAAGGUUUUGAUGUUGGUGUGCUGUGCCUUUUUUUCGCCACACAUAGUGUUGUGUGUUUCUUCCAAACAACUCAACUUUGGUUUCAUCUGUCCACAGAAUAUUUUGCCAGUACUGCUGUGGAACAUCCAGGUGCUCUUGUGCAAACUGUAAACGUGCAGCAAUGUUUUGUUUGGACAGCAGUGGCUUCCUCUGUGGUAUCCUCCCAUGAAAUCCAUUCUUGUUUAGUGUUUUACGUAUUGUAGAUUCGCUAACAGGGAUGUUAGCAUUUGCCAAUGACUUUUGUAAUUCUUUAGCUGACACUCUAGGAUUCUUCUUCACCUCAUUGAGCAGUCUGUGCUGUGCUCUUGCAGUCAUCUUUACAGGACGGCCACUCCUAGGGAGAGUAGCAGCAGUGCUGAACUUUCUCCAUUUAUAGACAAUUUGUCUUACCGUGGACUGAUGAACAGCAAGGCUUUUGGAGAUACUUUUAUAACCCUUUCCAGCUUUAUGCAAGUCAACAAUUCUUAAUCGUAGGUCUUCUGAGAGCUCUUUUGUGCGAGGCAUCAUUCACAUCAGGCAAUGCUUCUUGUGAAAAGCAAACCCAGAACUGGUGUAUGUUUUUUAUAGGGCAGGGCAGCUGUAACCAACACCUCCAAUCUCAUCUCAUUGAUUGGACUCCAGUUGGCUGACAUCUCACUCCAAUUAGCUCUUGGAGAUGUCAUUAGUCAGGGGUUCACAUACUUUUUCCACCUGCACUGUGAAUGUUUACAUGGUGUGUUCAAUAAAAACAUGGCAACAUUUCAUUCUUUAUGUGUUAUUAGUUUAAGCAGACUGUGAUUGUCUAUUGUUGUGACUUAGAUGAUGAUCAGAUCACAUUUUAUGACCAAUUUGUGCAGAAAUCCAUAUCAUCCAAAGGGUUCACAUACUUUUUCUUGCAACUGUAUAUAUAAGAUGCAUUGUGUCACUUCGGGCCACAGUAGCACCACAUCAUUCCUGUGACAAAUCAGAGAGUUUCUAUGUCUUUAAAUAGAUUUUUAGCCCCACAGCCAUGUCGUGGUUUCCAUAUUGGUUCACAAUCAGCGCAUUCUUUUCAAGUUUCCCUGAUUUCCUGGCAUUGACUUUGGCUUAUUAACUAACUCUGUGUAACUCUAUAUUCCUGACCAUGGCUCAUGUAUUCGAUUUUCUGUACCACUGUUAGCCUUACCUUGACUUGUUACUGUUUAUGAUAUUUCUCUCUGACUUGUGUUCAUUCUGGCCAUUCCGAGGACCGGUUAUAUGCUUACUACAUAUCCUGAUCCAAGUUCUGCAUGUUGAGGUACUAAAUCCUGACAGUCACAUACAGCAGGUAACCGCACAGGAUGGAUGUCACUACAAUGUAACAGUGUUCACGGAAACACCACAGAGCUUUACAGACAAAAUUGGUUUCUUAUAUAGAUUACAUCACCGUAACAAAAUAAUAAUACACAAAAGAUACAUUACAGAUCAUUAAACACUGUGACAAAAUAAUACACCAAAGGCAAAUUAUAGAGCAUACAUUACUCUGAUGGAACAAUGUGAAAAAUCAGGUAGAACCAGUUGAUUGCAGACAUGGUAUCACAGUGAGAAACAGGAAAACAAAACAAAAAAGUUAUAGAAUCGGUUAAUUAACACAUGAAAGGCAGGCAGAAUCAGUUAGCUACAAAGAUAAUACAACAUUCCGUAAGACAGAGGCCUGACCUAUGCUACAAAUAUUACAAAUAAAUACAUAUUUUACAUAUAUCUCUCAAAGACAAUUAAAGAGUCAUGUCUAAGAUGACACUAAACAAAUAAUUUUUUUAUUGGAUUCGUUAGGUAUUUAAUUUCAAUUAACCUUCAACCUCCAUGGUUCCACUACAAUUUCAAGCUUGUUAUUGGAAGCAUCCACAAGUACAUUAAUAUAGACCUUCCUUCUGUAUCCAACACUAUGUACCUUAUUGGUGAAAUUAAGCACACUGAAAGGUCUAUAGAAGAAGACUUCAUAUGAGGGCACAGGUGGGUAGUACUCAAUUGCUCAGCAACCUAGGAAUCACCUACGUCACCAUAAUAUUGGGAUCUGCGCUCCCCACAAAAGGUUAUGUUCUUAAAUUUACAGAAAAUAUGCAACAUAUAUGAAAACUGGGGUUGCCAAAUCCCCCUAUAUUUCACAACAGUUAUUGCUUCUCUGUGAUAUUGGGCAGUAUGUAAACAGAGCUACCUGGCAGUAUGUAUAAAGCAUUAGCUCUGUAGUGAAAUCAAUGAAGUAAUCAGAGUAGUUCAUGAAUUGAUUUAACUCUGACAAUAAAUUAGGAUGAUUACACUGCUCAUUUUCUUAAAGGUACACUCAACUGACGCUCUCAGGCAAUCAACGGCAGUCCGAGCCUUCCUGUUUUAAGAAUCAGAGAGCAGCGAAAUUGCAGGGACAGAGCUAAACAGCACUAGAUUCAAGACUUUGUGGGAACGGUUUAACCCCUUAAGGUAUGCCAGCACAAGUAACUCCUGGCACCAUAACAACUUCAUUCCAUUUAAGUUAUCAUGGUCAGAAAAUUGUAUACAGCGAUGCAGAGGUUUAGGAUGUAUAUCUGUACAGCACUGCAGCAUAUACUGGUGCUAUAAUAUAAUGUAUAGUGUUGAUGUUUGAUUGAAGUGGUGAUUGUAUAUAAUGUUAGUGUUUUAAAACAGCAGUGUGUUUGUAUGUAAUGUUUGCUUUUAAAAGCGGAUGUUUAUUUUUGUGUAGUAUUGGUGUUUGAAUGCAGGGGUGUGUUUGUAUGUAGUAUAUGUGUAAGAUUGCAGGAGUAUGUUUGCAUGUUUUGCUGGUGUUUGCUUGGAUCAAUGCACAUAUACACUGCCACAUACAUACUUACACAGAUAUACAUACACAUUAACGCACAGAUUCAUAUAAAUACACUGACACAUACAAGAAAAUUAAUAUAGACACCAACACAUGCACACACCUUGACACACACACAUUCACCGACAUAUACACACACACAAAUGAACACCCUGACACACACAAACAUUGACACAUGCACACGCCAAGACACACAGACACUCACACUGAUGAACACACAUACAGAUGCACACCCUGACACACUGAUGCACACCCACAUACACAGAUGCACACACUGAAACACAGAUACACACACACACAAAGAUACACACCUUGACAAAUAGAUGAACACACAGACACACACAGAUGCACACACUGACACAUACACACAACUUGACACCUGUUGGCAUACCUUUUGUGUCCAGGAGGGUAGCUUGCUUCGGGUCCUGAUGCUGCUGCUGGCUGAGGUCAAUGGCAGUGAGGGGUCUGGAGGAGAUAUCCCUUCUUGCUCCUCUCCCCUCAUGCUACCUCUGCUGCCACCUCUCUUCCUCGACACUGUCUCUCAGCAAGAAGCUGAGAGGGAAAUAUUUUGCAGCAACCCAGUAUGAUGGUCACGCCACCCCAGGGAGGCCCAGUGCACAGUUUGGGAGCAGCUGUUCUAGAGUCUAGACUCUAGAAUAUAUGAAUUUUAUAUAGACUUGGCGAGCACUUUUCAUGUGCCCUUAGACAGGCACUGUAAAUACUGUAGCCCUUGGAGCAGUGAAACUAAGGGAAAUGGGCCUUGACAUAGCUAGGAGGCAGGUAUAGAGGGGGAUAGGAUUUGAUUGGUUUGGAAAGGGUUAGGCAGUACAGGAAUAUUAAUAAUGGCAUUUUAGUGUACGGGAUAUUUUAACUAAUCCUGAUUUACUUGUUGUUGCCCCACCCUCCCUCCCCUUUUUGGGGUUUGUGUGGGUCUGUCAUGUCUAUUCUCUGCUAGUUUUGUGGUGGCGGAUGUAGAAAUGUUGGGGGUAGGUACAUUGGAAGCUGCGGUCUUGGAAGUUUGGUACCAAUAUUCACUUGGUUGGAUUUUGUAUUUGGUAGGUUGGAGCCAAUUGGUGGCUUUCAACCUGGAGGAAUGUAGGGGUAUCUCGGUAUACCCCUACAAUAUUAUAUCUGUUAUAUUAUGUUGCCUGUUGUGGCUGUGUGUGUUGUAUUAUGUCAUUAUAAUACUGUCAUUGAUUAUGUGUGUUAAGUUAUGUUAUGGGUCAUUGUAUAGUGGUUUUGGAGGUUUGGAUGUAUUUAAUGAGAUAUGUACAGAGUUAGGUCUGACAAUGACCCAUUGUGUUAAAUAUAUUUAUAAAUUAUUUAAGCCCUGACAUUUACCCACUUUAAUUUAGUGUCCGUGUCUUUUUGGGAAAGGGGUAAGUUCAGGUAUAAUUUAUGGCAUAUGCCAAGAGACGACAAUGCGCAUGUCAAGAUGUGUAUUUUUUGCAUACUUUUUAGCAAUGGGAGGAAGGUGUGUGUGUGUGCUACAAUGGUCAGGUAAUGGGGGGCCGACCCCAUGGGAUAGGAGCAGCACCUAGAAAAGUGGCCAUAUCACCCAGGAAUGUGUCCAUGCCAGGCUGUCAGCCACUGGUAAUGCCAGAUACAGGACAGUAUGUUUAUACUUUACAUUUUUUUUCUUGUGUACUUCUUGCUUUCUCCACUCUAUUCCAAUUGUUGUAUCUCCAACCACACAUUUUUCUUACCCCACCUGCCCCCACUGUGUCUCUCAUGCUAUCUUCCCACACUUUUGCGUGUGUUUCUUUCUCUCCCCAUUUCUAUACAGAUUGAAUGCUACUCUUCUACAUUCCCACACCAUGUUUAUUACUUUCCCCCAUUGUCUCUUCUUUCACCCCUUGAUUUUUCUCCACCAUUUUGUGGAUAUUCUCUCCCCACCUUGUGUCUUUUUUCAUUUUUAUUUUUUUCCCAUUUACCCUGGCCGGAUUUCCUGUUGGAUAGAGUAGGCCUAAGAGGCACCUAUUUUAAUCAUUUAUAAGAUGACUUUUUAAGCUUAAAAAGUCUGGUGGGGAGGGAUGCCAAUGUACUUUGUAGUCCAGUCCGUCGUAACAGCAGAACAUUAUAGAUGGUCAGUGCAGUUCCAGCUCCCAGACAAAGGCCUCCUGUGCCGAAACAGGGGGUGUUUACUCUGUCCCCUGUUCACUAACUCGGUAAAGUAAUUUUGUACAGCAAUUUAUUAUCAUUUCUUGCCUUUUUUUCGAUCAUAUGAUUUUGUUUAAGUGAUUGCCUAUUGGUUUGUAUUAUUUGCAUAUGAAAUCCAAAUAUGAUUUUUGCUGACAUUAUGUAGACUAAUGAAUUAUAUGUAUAUUGACUUUUGAUUCUUCUUAUUAAUAUUAUUAUUAUUGCCAUUUAUAUAGUGCCAACAGAUUCCGUAGCUCUUUACAACAUUAUGAGAGGGGUGAUUUAACUAUAGAUAGGACAAUUACAAGAAAACGUACGAUAGGUUGAAGAUGACCCUGCUCAAACGAGCUUACAGUCUAUAGGAGAUGGGGUAUAAAACACAUUAGGACAGGAAAUAGCAAUCAAAUAAGGUGGGAGUGAAGCAGAGCCGGAGGAGAGAGCAAGAGACAGGUAUGUGAGGUAGAGGUUACUCUGGGAGGCCAUAAGCUUUCCUAAAGAGAUGGGUUUUAAGGCACUUUUUAAAUGAUUGAAGAUUGGAGGACAGUCUGAUGGCAGUAGGCAGGCUAUUAGGCCAUAGGAAGGGAGCCGCCCACAAGAAGUCCUGCAAGCGUGAGUUGGCCGUAUGGGUGCGAGCAGCGGACAGGAGAAGGUCACGGGUAGAGCAGAGAGACCAAAAAGGAGCAUACCUACCGAUCAGUGAAGAGAUAUAAGAGGGGUUAGAAUUGUUCAGUGGUUUAUAGGUAUGUGUUAGCACUUUGAAUUGACUCCUAUAGGAUACAGAAAGUCAGUGUAAGGACUGACAGAGAGGUGUGGUGUGAGAGGACCGACUAGAGAGGAAAAUCAGUCUGGCGGCAGCAUUCAUUACAGACUGUAGCGGGGUAAAACGGCUUUUGGGAAGACAGUUUAGUAGAGGGUUACAAUAAUCCAUGCAGGAAAUUACUAGAGCAUGGACAAGCUCCUUGGUAGCAUCUUGCAUAAGAAAGGGGCGUAUGCGGGCUAUGUUUUUAAGAUAAACAAGUUAAAUGUAAUGUCUGGUAUUAAUUAGUAACUUUUGACAAAUGUCCAAGGUAUUUACUGAUUCUGUUUAAUGCAAUGUAAUGCUCUGUGGUAAGAUACCUUUAUAAUAUGAUGUUAUACCAAUAAACUCAGAAUUGAUUUGCAACCUCACUACUUCACUGUUGGUCUUUCUGUCAGUUCUUCGAGCUCGUAUAUGAUGUUAUGUGCUAAUUGGAUUGACAAGCCGUUAUUAUUACCCGGGGAAGGAAUUUAGCCCUAACAGUGAUUUAAGGCUAGAGUAGACAAACUGAAAGCAUAACUGACUUACAGAUUUCUUCUUGACCUUGAAUUUUAAAUUCAUUUUAAAUUCUCACUUUAGUCAGUAUUACGGAUUACAUUUUAGAACCUUUGUGGAGAGUCCAGUCAGAAGAAAAAGGUUUCUCGGACUGCCACUCAGCUAUGCUACUUUAAAGGGGAACAAUGGCCCAGGAUCAACAAGUCCACUUGCCAAUAUCUUGGUUUCCCAGGGAAUAAGUCAGUGGAUGUAGUGAUCUAAUAGAGGUGUAACCAGUGCUGCAGGUACAUACAGUACACCAGGCCAUGGGUAGAAAACCUUUGGUACCUGAUACUUUGCCAGCAUUAUAGCUGUAAGAGCAUUAUGCAAGAUGCAGUCCAUAACAUCAGUGUGCAAAAAGUAGCCUACCCCUGACCUAGGCCAUUGCCUACGUGGCCUAUUGGUAGCCCGGUCAGAUAAAUAAAUACCACAGGCGUACACAAGAGCCAAAAUCUCAUCAUUGACCUGCUUCAGGUUUCUGUGGGAACUUUUCCAAGAAUUUGCGUUACGCUGUUUUCCUUUUGACUAAUCAAAUGAUGACUCUCUUUGUAUAUACCUGUUCAUAAUUAAAGCAAACAUUUUAAUUAGUAUUUUUAAGAAUAGUUUAGAUGGUAAUUUCUAUCUGUACGUACACCAUAACUCACUGUGCUACACACGUCUGUGCUAUGUAUGACAGGUAAAUCAGCAGAAAUGUAAUCAUUUACGUACAGUGUUAACAUAUGGGUCCACUAGGUGGAAGCAGACCCUAUACAUGGCUAGGGCUAAACUGGUUUCUGAUGUAACUUUUUUUCUUGACCAAUUGCAACAGGGCCUUUUCUGUCGAGUCAUGCUUCUUUUGCAGCAUUAACAGAGCAGCUAAAAGAUUUAGUUCUGAAAACACGAGACACCAAAAGAAGUGAAAAAGCAGACAGUACAUAAUCAGAACUACGGACUCAGCUACGUUACUAUCCUUCUCCAUUUCCAGCUGGUAAGUAAACCAGGACUGAUUUAUUAAAGGAAAUAUCUAGAGGAAUUCUGCUUUAAAUAGAUAUUCUCAAGGUGUGCUGUUAUAUAUGAAAAUAAAAUACUUUUACUCCUUAACCAUUUCAUAGCAAUAGGCUAGGCAAAAGUAGUAACGGGUUUAACAUGUCAUCUGUCACGAAAGGGGUCAUAGGCUUUCAUAUUCUUUUUUUUAAACAACUCUUUAUCUAAAUUUAGUAUGUCUUGUACUUUUUCAAUGUUUUAAAUAAUGUUGAUUUAUUUCAUAUACAAAGUUUCUGAGGCAUAGUUAGGCAUUUAAUGCAAAUUUUAGAACCUUACAGAUGGGUGUGUGAGCAAAGUGUGUAUAAAACAUAAUAUUUUAAGGAAGCAGGCAACUAAAUUGCGAAUGCAGACUAAAGUGACUUACCAAUGCAAGGUGUAUAAUAAAUGUUCCUUAUUUAUAUUUUUACAAAAGUGCAUACCCAAAUGAGAAGUGAUGCGCAUGCUUGUAUUUGUAUACAUGUUAAACUUAUCCCUUACCUCUGUUUUACUUCUAAUUGGUGAAAACUUUCCACUAGUUCUCAAAUUUCUUUUUUUUUUUCUUUUUUAUUCUUUAUUUUCGUUGUGCAUAUGAUACAGUAAGAGCAUGUUGUGACACAUGUGCGUCAAUGAAACACGUAACAAUAAACAAUAGGUGUCAUGGUUAGGUUGCACAUUUUUUAAAUACAUGAAAAGGUUAUGACCCUAAGUGACCAUGAUGAGAUAGACAUUAAUUGCUUUAAUGUAAAGGAGAUCGUGAGGCGUCUUUCUAGGGAGAGCUUAGUGGCAUAUGUGUGGUCGGAGGCAGGACAUAGAGAUAUUAUAUGCAAGAUUGCUGACUUGUAGGUAGUGCAGUACAAGAUGGUGUCUGGAGGUGAUUGGGUUGUAUGCUUGUGUCGACAUAUUGACUAGGAGUUUGCCUUACAAGGGUCCCGCCUUUGUUAGAAGGUGUGGUAGUUAGGAUCUAUUGAGGGCUUACUCGUGAGGGCUUGUCGUCUGUGACCAGGGGGAGGGUCGGGGAAGGGGGGUGUUUGUGUUAGCUUAGAUUGGCAUGGGUUGCGAGACUGGUGUGGGUCUGUGUAUCAUGCUAUUCAGGGGGGGUCGCCAUUGGUAGAUGUCUCCCCGUAGUUGCGGAGUGUAAUUUGGUGCUCUAGAACCAUAAAUGAGGAAGAGGUGUAAAAGAAUAAUGUGAACAUGUAAAAAUCAUAAACCUAAACAAACAGCUUGGGCUGUGGCUUGUGCUGCUGAUUUUUGGGGUCGUGGUCUGCCUCCUCAGUCAGGGGCCGAGGUGUUUCCAUUUCUAGGCACGAACAGCACCACUUGGGUUGGGUUCCAGGUCAGCGGUAGUGGGUGUUGAGUCCAUGAAGCCCAGAGCGGAGGGGAGUGCAGGAGCCUCCGUUUCAGAGUAGAGUUUGUGUGUUGUCCCGUCGUGGGUGACGAUUAGCGAUCUUGGUUACCCCCGUCUAUAUGUCACUCCUGCGGAGCGCAGGUGCCCUGUAAGCUGGCUCGGUGAUUUGCACCACUGAAGUGUGGCUCUGGUUAGGUCCUGGUAAAAGGAUAAGUUAGAGUCCUCGAACAUGAGUGGGGUCCGACCCCUCAGGGCAGCCAUGAUUUGGGCCUUCUCCUGUGGUAAGGAGCAGCACAGGAUUACAUCCACCAUCCAGGAGUGCUGUUGGUGAUGCCCUUGUAGGGAGGCGGUAUAUCCCUGCCAGGGUGAUCUUUUUGGCUACCGACGGAGGCAGUACGGAGGCCAAGAGCCUUCUGAGUGCGGCAUUUCUUCAACAGUUAAUGUUGCUGGUAUGCCCCGGAUUUUAAUGUGGUUCCGUCUAUAUCUCUCUUCUUGGGCUGACAGCUGCAGUGAAAAUUCCUGCUUGGUGGAUUGUAGUUGUAGGAUUGUCUUGUUCAUUGUAGCCAUUCCAUUCUGCAUAUCCUGGAUGGCACCCUCUGCUGUAUGUACCCUGUCUGUGACCUGCUGUAUACCUGUAUGGAGAAGUGCUAGCUCUGCUGCAGGAUUUUCUGGAAUUCUUGUUUUGUAGCAGGAGCAGAACCAUCUGAUGUGGAAGUAACUUUGAGUUGGGAGCUCCGAGGUGCAGGCUGUUCCGGUGGCUUUGCCUGGACUGGCUGUGGAGAGGGAACAGAGGGGACUGGGCAUUCUGCGGCGGCCAUCUUGGGGCACGCUUGGCGCUGUAGUGUCCCUAUAUCCCCCUGAUCGGCCAGAGUACCUGGCUGAGGUUUUUGGGAUCGUCUCCCCAUCGCUGCUUCAGAGCUGUGGGGGGCUGUCGUGUUCUUCCCCGUCCCAGCGGGAAGGUCAGUCAGACGUGACCCGAGGAGGAAAGUCUCCAGGCAGGGGAAGGCUGAGGGAGCGCAUGCUCCCGGCUUGAGUUUCACUUUGGUCUGCUUCGGUGCGUACACAAUAGGCAUCAAUCGAUGCAGCAAGGGUUCCUGAGGUUGAUGUGGGUGGUUUGGAGGGUGAAGGGCUCCCGUGAGAGGUCUUAGUUUGUAAAAUAGUGUCGGUAGAUCGGGAGCCGUUGGAAAUGGCGUCUGUCUCGUCUCGCUCCCAAGCUCCGCCCCUAGUUCUCCAAUUUCAUUCAUUAAACUGUUAAAGUUAUACACAAAUGUAAAAAUGUAGUGUUAAACAGGGGAGGGCUGGCAGCCUUGGGCCUGGGGGGCAAAUCCAGUCAAUUGGCCCAUUGCACCAUCGAAUUAGCUCACCAUCCAUGCCCACUUUUUCCUGGUUUUAUAACGGAUAUAGGUGUAGUCCAUGUAUCAAGCACGUUUUGUAUACAUUCAUGGCAUUACCAUCCCAUACACCGUCACCAGGGCUUUACAAAUUUAAUUGAAAUCUAGAAGACAGCUGAAAAAGUUAGGAGUAAAGUUUUCAACUUCAAAAAUACAAUUUUUAAGGGACACUGUAGUCACCAGAACUACUAUAAUUUAAUGUUGUUGUUUUGGAGCCUUUAUCCUGUCCCUGCACACUUUUUAAUGUAAGCACUGACUUUUCAGAGAAAAGUCAGUUUUUACAUUGCUGCCUAGUAGUGAUUGUAGUCUUUAGUUGUGAUUGGACCCUGGGCAAGCAUCUGCAUGGGCCCUGUGGAUUCCCUCCCCCCACCCCCCAUGGCAUCAAUCCAACCCCUCCCCCCCACCCCACAACAAAAACAAAAAAAAACACACACAUAUAUAUGUAUACACACACUAUAUAUAUAUAUAUAUAUAUAUACAUAUAUAUAUAUAUAUACACACACACACACCACGCAUACACAGACACACGGUUUAUAGAAUAUAUAUAUAUAUAUAUAUAUAUAUAUAUAUAUAUAUAAUAUACUGGGGGUGCAGAAGGGAGGCUUUGUGGGUGGCUGGUGGUGCCAGAGGGGAGACUUUGUGGGUGGCGAAGGGGAGGCUUUGUGGGUUGCUGGGCUGGGGGUGCUGAGGGUUGCUGUUGGAAUGGUUCACACAUGGGAGGGAGGUGGAGACUGCCAGCGCAGUCACAGUGAGGCCCUAGCAUGACUGUCUCUGUCCACACAAGUACACAUACUCAUGGGUACACACACACACACAGGUACACACAUACUCAUGGGUACACACACAGGUACACACAUGGGUACACACACACACAGGUACACACACACACACACACACACAGGUACACACAUACAUACACACACACAGAUACACAUAAGUACUCACUGACACACAAGUACACAUACAAUUACACACAGGUACUCAUACACACUGACAUACACAAACAUAUGCACAACCUCAUGUACACACACAGACACAAACAUAUAUAAAUAACAAGUUACAUAUUUUCUCCACCCUUUUGAUGCAGCAGGAUUGAUAUCCUGAGGUCCAGUGGGAGCUGGCUGUCCUCGGAUGAUGGGAGUCCCUUCCCUCCUCCACGUGUGCAGCAGUUGGUUUGUGUUGCCGCCGCCUCCUCCUCCCCACACGCUGCCCUGUCAGCUGGGACUCGGGAGGAAGUGAUGUGAACUCCCUCCCAGCAGGCCGCGGGGGAAGAGCAGAUCAAAAUGGGCCGCGGAGAGCAGGAACUGAGCGCGUACAAAAUGUCAGGGGCCCGGUUGUGGGUUGCGGGGGUGGGGAAAAAAAAUAAGAAGCGGCCUGACAGCUGCAAUAUUAAAGGGCCACGGGCCCCUGAUUAAAUGUGUAUGGGCUCAAGGGGCAUCUUAAAGAUGGCCCUGCCCGGCGUGAGCGCUGAAUGCAGGCAGCUAGCAGCCCAAGCAGCCCUGGAUAUAGGGCGGCCUGGGGGGCAAUUGCCUCCCUGCCCCCCGUCCCAGCCCGCCCCUGGUUUUAAAUGUACAUUUUACACUGUAUUAUAUUACCAGAGUACGCAGCUAAUACUUGCACUUUUUUACACUGAAGUUUUACAUUAUUAUAGUCAAACAACAGCAACGUUGCUAGGGUAAACCCUUUCCUAAAACCCCACCCAUUAUCUCAGAGCUCCACAUAAAUAAAACUCACAGUAACAGUAUGUACGAGUGCAUCACAGAACUUUACAACAACAGUAUGUAUGAGUGCAUCACAGACCUCCACAGCAAUAAAACCCACAAUAACAGUAUGUAUGAUUGGAUCACAGAACUCCAUAGCAAUCAAACUCACAGUAACAGUUACACAUGUGCAUUCAUUUUCGUACAAAUACAAUUUCGGCCACAAAUUAGUUUUUUUUUUCAUAUUCAUUUACUAAAACGUAAACUAAAGCCCUACAUACGAAAUAUAAAUGAAACGAAUGGGCAAAUGCAGAAUUCAUUACCUUUUCAUUUCAUUUCAUUCGUUUAAUAGACUCCGUGCUGCAGGGGAAUUAAUGAAAUAAAAAAAAAAACAAGGAGGGAGCUGGCAACGUUACCAGCUCCCUCCUUGUAAUAAAUAACUAUUCCUACCCCCUCCCACAUUAAAACCUAUGGGGGUCACUAUGACCCCCAUAUUUAUAAAAGGGAGGUUAAAUCCUCCCGCAUGCCGCGAGUAGGAGCAUGUCACAUAAACAAAUUUUAAAAGUACUAGUGACUGGGCAGCUCUUGCUACCCAGUCGCUAGGGCAUUAAGGGGGGACUUGGCACAGGUCCCCCCACUCCCCCAUGGUGGGGAACACAAAUACCUAAAAUGGGGGGACAUAGUGCCCCCCCGCAUUCCUACCCGUGCCCCCCCUGGUCCCCACCCAUGAGUGGCGGGUGGGGACCCUAAAUAUAUCAUGGGGGAGACCUAAUGUCCCCACCCAUGAGCGGCAGGUUGGACCCUAAAUACAUAAAUAAUGUCCCACCCAUGAUAGGCGGGUGGGGACCACAAAUAAUAAAGUGACUAGGGGUUCCCAAAUCCCUAGUCUCCCCCCCCCCAAUAAAAAUACCCUAUCUACUCCCUUCACCCUAAUAAUGGUGAUGGGGCAAUAAACUAACCCUGUAAAAUAAAAUUUCAUACUUAUCAUUUGAUGUCUUCUUUCUUCUUUUCUUUUCUUUCUUCAGCACCAAAAAAGGCCAGAUAAAAAUCCAUAAUAUGCGUCGCAACUGUCAAAAAAAACAAAACAACCCAAGUGCAAAAAAAAAAAUCAAAAAAAAAAAAUCCAGACGGUAAAAAGAUAAUCCAUCUUCACCCAGCGAGGGCAUGGCGCAGAAUGAGCUCUGCAGGGCGGGGAAAGGCUUAGAAAGCCUUCCCACACCCUGCAAUUAGGCUCAGUUUGACAAAUGAAAUUUUUAUUUAGUACAAAAUUAUUUGUACGAAACAAAAAUAUCACUAGUGCAAAUGUAAGGGUAUGUAUAGGUACAUAACAGAACUCCACAGCAAUAAAACUCACAGUAACAGUAUGUAUGAGUGCAACACAGAACUCCACAGCAAUAAAACUCACAGUAACUGUAUGUAUGAGUGCAUCACAGAACUCCACAGCAAUAAAACUCAUAGUAACAGUAUGUAUGAGUGGAUAUCAGAACUCCACAGCAAUAAAACUCAUAGUAACAGUAUGUAUGAGUGCAUCACAGAACUCCACAGCAAUAAAACUCAUAGUAACAGUAUGUAUGAGUGCAUCACAGAACUUUACAACAGUAAAACGCACAGUAACAGUAUGUAUGAGUGCAUCAGAGAACUCCACAGCAAUAAAACUCACAGUAACUGUAUGUAUGAGUGCAUCACAGAACUCCACAGCAAUAAAACUCACAGUAACAGUAUGUAUGAGUGCAUCACAGAACUCCACAGCAAUAAAACUCACAGUAACAGUAUGUAUGAGUGCAUCACAGAACUCCACAGCAAUAAAACUCACAGUAACUGUAUGUAUGAGUGCAUCACAGAACUCCACAGCAAUAAAACUCACAGUAACAGUAUGUAUGAGUGCAUCACAGAACUCCACAGCAAUAAAACUCACAGUAACAGUAUGUAUGAGUGCAUCACAGAACUCCACAGCAAUAAAACUCACAGUAACAGUAUGUAUGAGUGCAUCACAGAACUCCACAGCAAUAAAACUCACAGUAACAGUAUGUAUGAGUGCAUCACAGAACUCCACAGCAAUAAAACUCACAGUAACAGUAUGUAUGAGUGCAUCACAGAACUCCACAGCAAUAAAACUCACAGUAACGUAUGUAUGAGUGCAUCACAGUGCAUCACAGAACUCCUUAGUGUCACAUCCUGUUCCUCGCUGCGGAUCAUUCUGGCAAUGGCUUCUGGUAUCCAGUACUCUUUUUGCUGUCCUUGCUUGGUUUUUCUGGUUUUCUGGUCAAUGUCUGGUUUUCUUUAUUGCUGGGUUUCUGAGUUCAUUCUUAUAUUCCGUCCCUGGAUUUCCCAGUCUCUUGGAUUCACUUAAAUGUUUGUUUUAUGUUUCCACACCCAUUUGUUUUCCAUUUUCUUCAGUCUGGACCUGGAGCAGUGUUUCAAGUCUCUGCCCUUUCUUGCAGGUAAGUGCUAUUGUGGUUUAGUGUGGCUGUUUUAGCAUACAUUAAGCAGUGUAGGACCUGCCAGAUAUGGGGUACAUUGGAGUUGUUGGCAGGCUUAUGCAAUGUAUGAUCAUAUAAAUCCCCAUACUUUUUAUAUAUAGUGCUUAGCUAUGUCUCCUCUUGUAUCUCUUGUCUUGUUUUAUUUUGUCUUGUAUUCCCAGUUCAUGUACAGUUCUGCUUUCUGUCCUGCUCUGGUUCUGGGUUCUCCUAGUUUUGUCUUGUUUUCAUGUAUGGUGCCUAUCUCUAGUCUUGCCUUGUUUCUGUACUGGAUACAAACCUGCUGCAGAGCCUCCCUAUUCAGCUCCUGGGAGGUCUGCUUAAUUUCUGCUCCUUGUUCCUGGGAUCCGCAUAAGCUGAAUCAGGGUUCUAGUAUGUGGCUGCACGAACGCUGGUGCUCAACACCAGGGGGCGUGCGGUUACCCUGCUCAUCCACCUCCACACUGUAACUCCUACUCUGAACAUCAGGCAUAAAUGGGUCCAGGUCCACGCACCGCCACCAGGACAGUGUCUGGGUCCUGGGCACCAGACCGCUCACCCUGACACUUGGCAAUAAAACGCACAGUAAUGUGGAGUGUGUUAUUUUCUCACAGGGCUCUACAACAAUAAAACUCUCAAUAUUCUGCGGCACUCAGAGGACACUCUCAACCAGUGCAAUAAUGUUUAAACUUGGUAUAGUAAUGCAGAAGUAAGAAUGUCUGCUUUAGCAUAUCAUCUCAGACCAGAAGGACUAUGGCCACUUUACAGCGGCAGAUGAUUGCUCCACCUAGAAAAAAAUACUCUGGUACUCUCGAUGCCCAUAUCACCAGCAUAAGACUCUCAGCACCCCUAGACCUUAUCACCCAUGAUCACAUUGCCAGUGUCCCCAUAUUGCCUCCAUGUGGAGGCGUGUAUUUCUGUGAAGUGAUGGUGCGUGAGGGAAUAUUUCUAGUGAGUAUCUGUGUGAACUGGGAGGUGUUUUUCUAUUGGAUGCCAUUGUGUGUAUUUGAGGUAUAUUUUGCCAAUGUGUGUACCUGCAAUCGGAGUGCACUUUAUGUAGAAAUGUGGAUUUGUUACAGGUUUUACAGGUUUUUGCUUCUCUCCCCUCCCCAAUGAAGUACCUUACCCUUUUACUCACUAUUUCAUCCUUGGCUAUAACGUAUCAUCCCCAAGCCUGAAAUAAACACAGCCUGCAACUGAGAAUAUGAUACCUGAGCCUCUUAAAGGAAUACAAAUAUGUAAUCCUAAUCCUAUAGUGACUAUUUAGGUGACUAGGCCAGUGCUGCCAGGAUUGAAAAAAAUAUAUUUCCUUACCUAUUCUCCAUCACAGUGCUGGUUCCCUGGGGGAAGCUCCACCUCUUUGCCAAGAUCAUCAAGAUUGGUGAUCUCAGCCAAUCCAAUGCCUGACGCACGGUAAAACACUACGUUGCACCAAUGAUGAAUAAAUAGCAGAGUUUUACUCUGCAUUUCACAGCAGCACCUCUAGUGGUUAUUUUAUUGACAGUCAGUAGAGGCAGGUUAACCCUGCAAAGAAAUAUUUGACAUUACUGCAGAAUGGCAACGCUUUCAGCUGCAGGGUUAAAACUGGAGCAGAGUGAUUUAUGGUACCCAAACAUCUUCAUUGAGAUGAAGGGGUGUUGGUGCCUCUAGUGUUCUUUUAGUCAGAUAAUUUCUUAUUAAGAUGUUAUAACUGAGAUUGCCUCAAAUGUAAAUCUCAGACGAAAUGUUUGAUUUGACAGAAUUAGCACAAAACAGUGGGAAGUCUACCCACAUUACAUGUAAUUAGAAGUUGCAUGUUUUAUUAAAUUGCACAGUACAAUGUAACUUUUCAAAUUUAUUUUUAUGAAAUAAGAAAAGUGUUUAAGGCUUGAUAAAGUAAAUACAUUGGAUUGCUAUAUACUAAAUGAAAUGGUCACAUGGUUUCAUGAGUAAAAAUCUGUAUUUCAAGAUUUAUAAAACUGCUUUGAAACUGUGCUCUCUGUGACAAAGUAGUGUGGAAUAAAAUUUUACUGCAUUUCUCCCACUCCCAAACAUCACAAGCCUUAUCCCUGUCACCAAGAGUGGUAAAACACAAACAAGCAAUAAAAAGAAAAAAACAAAAAUGGAACAAAGAAUGUCAUCUAUGCACGCCAUUGAAAAAAUAUGCAAACAUUGUCUUAAGCGAUCUUUGUCACGGAAUAGGUUAACCACGGUCCGUUCUCGACAUAAUCCUGUUAAAAAUGAACAGAGAUUCUUCUGUGUUGUUUUCUUGAUCUUCAACUGAAAUCCAUGAAUAAAAAAAAAUAAAUAUACAAAACCAAAAACUGAAUAUAGACCAAAAAAUCCCUGUUCUAAUGGAAAUUCUCAUUCAGGUGUUCUGAAUUUAAUUUGUUAUAUUAUUGGGUCUCUCAUUCAUUAAGAUGAGACUCUUAUACCAUGAAAAUCUGAACUUUAGGACCACACUUUUGUUGUUGAGGUUUAUUGUUGCAAAAGUGUCUAUUGUUGUUAUGACAGAAGACUUUUUAUGGUCUACAAUGUUUCUAUGAUUCUUUAGAGAGUUAUAGGAGCAUGACACAAAUUGUAUUCCACCAUUUACAAAUACCCCAAAUGUGCGUUUAAUUAUUUGGUGAGUAUGAAAAAUCUAGCUAUAAAUAUAACUAAUGCAGCUUCAGUCAGACGUCCUCUUUUAGUCCAGUGUAGACUGUUUUCUCUGUGCUGGGCAUUGUCCAAUCAGGGGACAAUUUAUGCAUGCAUGCAACUGACCUAUCAUACACUUAUCAAUAUGUUGUACUGAGAUUGGUGAAGCCCAUCACUUCUCCUUUGAACUAUAGCUCAACGUUUGAGAGGCAGAAUCUCUUCCUCAAUGUCUGAUUGACAGCUGGCCUGAUGUGACAAAGGUGUAUAAUAAGUGUUAGCUCUGUAGAAUCAAUGUUUUUUUUAAAGAAUCCUUCAGAUGAUGUUGAUUUAAAGGACCACUAUAGUGCCAGGAAAACAUACUCAUUUUCCUGGCACUAUAGUGCCCUGAGGGUGCCCCCACCCUCAGGGUCCCCCUCCUGCCUGGCUCUGGAAAGGGGAAAGGGGUUAAAACUUACCUUUUUCCAGCGCUGGGCGAGGAGCUCUCCUCCUCUUCUCCUCCCAUGCGGCUGAAUGCGCACGUGCGGCAAGAGCUGCGCGCAUUCAGCCGGUCACAUAGGAAAGCAUUUACAAUGCUUUCCUAUGGAUGCUGGCGUGCUCUCACUGUGAAAAUCACAGUGAGAAGACGCAAGCGCUCUAGUGGCUGUCAAUGAGACAGCCACUAGAGGAUUAGGGGGAAGGCUUAACCCAUUAAUAAACAUAGCAGUUUCUCUGAAACUGCUAUGUUUAUAAAAAAAAAUGGGUUAACCCUAGAAGGACCUGGCACCCAGACCACUUCAUUAAGCUGAAGUGGUCUGGGUGCCUAGAGUGGUCCUUUAAGCCUAAUUCCCUCCGGCAAGUUGAAAUGCUUUAGUUGCUUGGAGUGUUCCAUUUAACCUAGCUUAUUAGGCAUUAAAUGUACAUCAUUUAUUUUUAAAAUUAGGGUAUAGAGAGUAGUACAAGAUGUGUGUGCAGUGUCUAAAAAAUAAAUAAAUAAAUAUUAAAAAAAACCUGGAUGAAAUUGACAUAGUCAGUCUUUAAAACAAAGUUUACAGCUGGCUGAUUGACAGGAGCUGAAGAUGGAACUAAACCCCAGUACAAAAAUGUAUGUAUUUCGAAACUGUCAGCUUUUUUUUGCUAAAACGCUGAACAGACAGGGUCCUUGCACCAUUAAAAUUAUAGCUUGCUGAAGUAGAGUAAUCCUUUAAUUUCUAUAAAUUGUGCAUCUCUAUUCUAGAUUUGAGGAUGCUAAACUGAAUAAUUGUAGAUGAGAGCCAAGUUAUUUGCCUGUUUAGACAUAACAAUAAAAACAAAACAAUAAAGGCUAUUCAAUGACAGCAUCACCUGUGGACUAAGCUCCUCCCCCUCCGCUAUUAGGACAGGAAUAUUCAAAUUCAUUAAAAUCUAGAUAUUCCCCUCCUCCUUUUCCGUAGUCGUUUUUCCUGUCCUCCAGCUGUUAGGCAGCAAAAAUAUUUUUUCUCUUUCACUGACCUUCCGUUUUUCAUGAUGAGCCCCCAAGGGAGUUCCGCCUCUUUCCCUGUGGAAGAGCCCAGAUACAGCUCAAGCAGUUUGAGACUUCCUGGGUUAAGGUAACUAUAGUAACUAAUACUUCCUGAAAAUAUUAAUGUUCAAUGAUGCACCUUUAAUCUGGAUGUUAUGGUCUAUCCCAUUUUGAUGGUAAUCUUUUGGGAGCUCAGGUGCAGGUUUCCUUUGUUAAAAUGAACUUUUCUUUGUAUUCAUCAUUUUCUUCUGCAUUGAAGUGUGGACGUCUGUAAACUUUCUAUUUUUGUUUCCUUUAUCAGAGAUUAAAGAGAGAACAUGGGGUCUGGCUUGUCUGUGGAUGAAUCGGUGAGGGUGGUGAUCAUCGGUGGGGGCUUUGCUGGUAAAGCUGCAGCCUGUGAACUUAAGUCAAAAGGAAUCCCCUUUGUGCUGGUGGAUAUGAAAGAUGCUUUUCACCACAAUGUUGCUGCUCUUCGGGCUUCUGUAGAGACAGGUAAAUUACAAAACUGAGUCUUCUUCAUGCUGCUCGUUUUAUAUGGCAAGAGCAAGACCAUAAAAUACAUAACGUGCAAUAAAGGAACAUUACAGUGUCAGGAACACAAACAUAUAUUCCUGACACUAUACUGGCAAAAACUAUUUAGGUCACCGGGCCCCUUUCCUUGCAGUAAAAAGGUGAGUAUACUCACCUUUUUUUCCAGCGCUGCCCCAAUCUCGCCAUAGCAAAAUGAUACACUGCGGCAGUGUUAAUUUUGAGGUUUAGUCAAUUAAAGCUAGACUAAAACUAAAACAUUUCAGAUGACUAAAAUACAACUAAAACUAAAAUGGCUUUUUAGUCAAAAGACUAUGACAAAAACUCAAUUGAAAUUUGCCGCCAAAAUGAACACUGCAAAGAGGGGCUGUAGAAGGGGUAAAAGAGACAGACCAGGGCUUGGAGAGAGAUAUUUUGAUGGGCUGGGAGGACACAAAGAGACACAGAGGGGUUGGGGAAGGGGAAAAAAAAAAACAGAGGCUUUAACUAAACCCAUUAGAUUUUGUCAUGUCAACUAAAAUGUAUUGGAGAUAUAGCCAACUAAAAUCCACUGGAGUUGACUAAAACUAAAUUGAAAUUUGCCGCCAAAAUUAACACUGUGCUGCACCAAUCAGUAUCUCCUCAUGGAGACCCUGAAUGUAGGUGCUGCACAUUGUGCAGCAUUGAAACAGGAAGCACCUCUAGUGGCCAUCUGAGUGACCGUUGUUCUGGUGACUGUAGUGUCCCUUUGACUGUAGAGGUGUAAAGUCAUUUUAUUGUGUAUAUAUGAGCAACAAAGCAGAAAAAUUUUAUGAUAAACUGGGGCAUUAAAACCAUUUAAAACAAGAUAACAGAGACAGCAUAGACAUAAAAUGAAUAUUUAAAAAUAAAUGUAAAUGUUGGUGUAGAAAUACGAAUAACCAUCACAACUGGAUGUUUAUUUUAUAUACAGAAAGCAUUUAAAGGGGAAUCACCACUUCGAUGGAAAUUACAUUCCUGAGGUUAUUUAUAUCAUUUGCUAAAUAUUUUUUCAUCUGAUUCUCUAUUUACUUUUGAACACAUAUUAAACAUAUAGCAAUUGUUAUUACAAUCCAGUUCAAACAGGACACACAUUACACUGGAGGAGGUAAAUCAGAAUAAUCGGUUUAUCUUUCUAUACAAAUAGACAGUUGCAAAUUGUAAUACAGUAAUAAUUGAUAAGAAGCCAAGAUGUUAGUGCUUAUUUCCUGGGUAGAAGUAUUUACCGCAGUGCAGAGUUCAGCAUUUGAUUUAAAUUUUAAGGCCUCACAAACACCUAUUUUGUUAAAUAUAGGGGAUAAGUAAAUGUAACGAAAGCUUUAUGAUACGUGUCAAAAAGUAGAACACUUAAUGCAGUCUUUAUAAAUCUCAAGCAUGUCAAUUGUCGCUCAUGUCAAAAUACCGCUUUCAAAAUGUCACAAUUUGUCAGGCGUGACAUAUUGUCGAUAUUUAUUUACAGUGUCAUGUUCUUGUAUAAUGUACAUGCAUAGAAAUUAUUCUUCUGUAUCAUAACACACUGCUACUAGCUUUUAGUUACAGGCAUAAACCUUUGCAUCACAUACAUUUUAUACAUUCUUUGAUUUCAAGGGCAGGCUAUUUAUUUAUUUAUUCUCACAGUUACUCAGUACUCCUAAAUUUCCAACACUUCUGCUCCACAUUGCAUUCCCUCUCACUCCAGUCCCAUAUUCUAGCUGCAGGAGACAGCAUUUAAAUCUUAUAAACUUAGAGCAGCAGGCUGCAGGCCUCAAUGUGGAGAAUAAGGAAGGCUACAGGCCACACUAGGGUGAACAAGGCAUUUUUCAAGCCUCACUGGGGAGAACAGCAACAACAUAUGUGAGGAAGGCUGAACUUGAUGGACACAAGUCUGUUUUCAGCUAUGUAACUAUGUAACAUGGCAGGCUGCGGGGAUCACUGGGGAGAACAUGGCAGGCUGCGGGGAUCACUGGGGAGAACAUGGCAGGCUGCGGGGAUCACUGGGGAGAACAUGGCAGGCUGCGGGGAUCACUGGGGAGAACAUGGCAGGCUGCGGGGAUCACUGGGGAGAACAUGGCAGGCUGCGGGGAUCACUGGGGAGAACAUGGCAGGCUAUGGGGAUCACUGGGGAGAACAAGGCAGGCUGCGGAUCACUGGGGAGAACAUGGCAGGCUACUUGGGAUCACUGGGGAGAACAAGGCAGGCUGCGGGGAUCACUGGGGAGAACAUGGCAGGCUGCGGGGAUCACUGGGGAGAACUGGCAGGCUGCGGGGAUCACUGGGGAGAACAUGGCAGGCUGCGGGGAUCACUGGGGAGAACAUGGCAGGCUGCGGGGAUCACUGGGGAGAACAUGGCAGGCUGCGGGGAUCACUGGGGAGAACAUGGCAGGCUGCGGGGAUCACUGGGGAGAACAUGGCAGGCUGCGGGGAUCACUGGGGAGAACAAGGCAGGCUGCGGGGAUCACUGGGGAGAACAAGGCAGGCUGCGGGGAUCACUGGGGAGAACAAGGCAGGCUGCGGGCCUCACUGGGGGAAAACAGGACUGACAUAGGGAAGUUAGGUUAACAUUGGAAGGGAAUGUAGAUAAAGAGAGGACAACCCUUGAAACUAACUUACAGUGAAAGGUUGCUCUAGUAAACCAGGUGCUGGCUCAUCCACAAGUCCAGUGGAGGUCCACAAUCACACAUUUCCACCAUAGUUCUGAUGUAAGUUACAUCAUGUUUUUGCAGUUCAGCUGUAUGAAGGGGUGGAAAUAUCGUUGUCACCACAAGCUGCCUGUCUGGCACAAAGCAACUACCUCUAUACCAAGCAUGCCUUCACAGCCACACCUUUUGUAAUGUGUGUGUGGAACUGCACUCACUACCAUCACUCUGAGCCAGGGUGCUAUCUGUACUGGAACCAAACACCAGAUUCCCAAUUUUGUAGAAUAGAAUGAAAAAGGUCCAGGCACUCCUUGGUUGAAGACAGGCACUUUAUUGGAACCACAGCAAUGUUUCAACCAAAAGGUCUUUGGCAAGCCUCAGCUGUCAUAACUACCACUACAUUUAGUUCCUGAACUUACCAUUUGAAUAUUGUAGGUUUUGAACAAGUACCCAGAGUUUGGUGGCAAACUUUUUUUAAGUCUCAAUGAAAUGUAGUAUUUUGUGAAACAAAAAUGUGAAGUUUUCAUGUGCGUGACAAUGAAAUAACUUCUGUGUAUAACAGGUUUUGCAAGAAAAACCUUUAUCUCGUUUGAAGAAAGUUUUCACGACAGCUUUAAACAAGGCAAGGUGGUGGGAAUUAAUCUGGAGACACAGCAUGUCAUACUUGAAAAUAAUGAGGUAAAUAAUAUAUAUAUAUAUAUAUAUAUAUUUUUAAAUCUUCUCUUUAACAUCUGAAAGGAAAAGAGCAAACACCACAACCAUUGAAAAAUAUUUAAAUUUACAGGGCUAACAUAAAUAGGUAAAUAGCAGCAACUAUCCAAAUAGAAGAACCCAACAACAUAUUACAUGCAAAAAAACAAUGUGAAAUGCUCUGGAAGUGGGGAAAAAACAAUCACAGAUUGUAAACAAUGUAAAAAAUUAAUUCAGCAAACCGUAAAACAUUUUAUAAGGAGGGGGAAAUGCAAAGAAUAGAGGCAGAAGUAUCCUGUGCGUAAAAACCACACAUCUUCAUAAAAUGAUUUCCUGUGAAAAUGAAUACUUUAUUUGCAACAAACAUUGUAACCAACAAGCAAGUCUGUAUAACAACCAAAUUCCUCUUAUCUGUAUACCCUGCUUCAAAGUCCACAAGAAGCUUUUAUAAAAUUGUAUUUUCAUGAGAGUGGAACUUAUGUUCUGGUGUUGUAUGCUGGGAAAUCCCUGUAUACAACUUUUUGUGCAGCAUAGAAUAUAUGGGUUGCUACAACAUACUGGAGUUGGGCAAAUUUAGCUUAAAGUAUGUUAUUGAAGUAAUGUGAAGAUUAAUUUUAAUAUCUUGUGUAUUAUGCAAAUAUAAGGUUUAACAGAACAUCCACCUUCAUUAAUAUGCAUAGGCUUGCAUUUAAAUCCAUCCAUAUUUUAGAUUCAAAAUAUGGCAUGGGUAAAGCUUCCUUGGGGAAUAAAGCAUGUGUCAUGAUCUGUGGAAUAAUCUUAUAAUGGAUAUUUUGUUUUUAAAGAGCCCUUGCAUUGUUGAACCUGCCUCUACUGUGCUACCAAAGUCAGGACUUGGAGUCCAAUCAAGCCUGGACAAGCUGAAUCUCUCUGACACCUGUGGACUUAGUUGUCGAGCAUAUAGAUAAAAGGAUUUUUUUUUUAUAUUCUAUAUAUAAAAUAUAUAUUGUCAGUUGUAACAAUUUAAAGGGACACUAUAGUCACAAGAACAACUACAGCUUAUUGAAUUUGUUCUGGUGAGUAGAAUCAUUACCUUCAGGCUUUUUGCUGUAAACACUGUCUUUUCAGAGAAAAUGCAGUGUUUACAUUACAGCCUAGUGAUAACUUCACUGGCCACUCCUCAGAUGGCUGUUAGAGAUCCUUCCUGGGUCAUGGCUGACUAAAAUGCAUCUAAACAUUCAGUAUCUCCUCCCUCUGCAUGCAGACACUGAACUUUCCUCAUAGAGAUUCAUUGAUUAAAUUUAUCUCUAUGAGGAGAUGCUGAUUGGCCAGGGCUGUGUUUGAAUUCUGCUACCCUGCCCCUGAUCUGCCUUUUUGUCAGUCUCAGCCAAUCCUAUGAGGAUGUAUUGUGAUUGGAUCAGGCUACCACAUCUGAUGAUGUCAGCAGACUGCUUUUUUUUUUUUUUUUUGCUUUUUUUGAGGCAAACAGCAUGCACAUCUACAGCUUAUGGCUUGAAUACAGUAAGAUUUUGCUAUAUUUAUGGAGGCAUGAGGGGCCCAGGAUGGCUAGAUGGUGGGUUUACCACUAUAGGGUCAGGAAUACAUGUUUGUGUUCCUGACCCUAUAGUCAUCCUUUAAUUUGUUGCAAAUUAUUGUUAUUCUAUUUCACUUUAUGUGAGGGGGUUUUUUUUGUGGUUUUUUUUUUUUUUUUUUGCACUGACUUCUUUCCUCUCUUCUUUUGGAGCCAUUGGAAUGGUCUGUCUACAAAAAAAGGAGGAGGACUCAAAGUUGUUUUAUUUUUUUUAUUAUUAUUUUCAUUCUUUUUUAAAAGGGAGUGCUUUUUGACCCAGGUGACAUUUACACUAAGGAGUAUUGCAACAGUUCAUAAAGUCAUAUGGCAAAUGUUAUAAGUGACUGCAUUUCUGCCUCCUUUAUGGAAUAUUUGAGGGUUUGCUGAAUUUAUAAGUCAUUAGAUUGUCUGUAAUUUGUUUUUGUUAAUUUUUAAAGCGCACAUCCUGAAUAUUUGAUAUUAGUUUUUACUAUAUGUACUGCAAUUUGCUGUAGCAUCUAUGGUGCCCUGAUGCCCUGCCAGGGUAAAUAGUUACACUGUUUAAGAACAGUUUGACAACUUACCUGGGUCUUCCAGAUGCCAACACAGUAUAUGGCUUCUCAUACAGUAGGAGAUGGAUGUCUCCUCUAAACUGACACUCUCCGCUAAUGAGAGCGACCUUGAUUAGCUCAAUUGAGUGAACUUGAUGCUCCCUGUUCUUCAAUUGUGUGACUACUUACUCUGGUGCAUGGAAUUCCUUUAACUAUAUUCCAUAAUAACAAAUGCGCAAACUGUGUUUAUUAUUUUCUUUUUUAUAUGUACGGUCAUACAGUAUUUCACAGCAUAAUAGUGGCAAACUUUAUGCCUAAUUCCUUUCCUUAAAAAUGGGGGUGCGACCAUUAUGUGAACCUUUGAUUUGUUUUUUUUCUAACUGCUUUUUAAUAGUUGCUGAAAAUAUUAUAGUUGCUAAUAACAUGCUGCUGACAACUAGCAUAUUACAUAAUCAGAGUUCAUUACAAGAACUCUGAUCCUGAUCCCUGUCUCCCAAUUGUGAUCCUGAUCCCUGUCAUGCACUAAAAUACAAUAAACUAAAAAAAAAAGGUAAUCAUGAAUAAUGUUGUAAGAAUAUGAAUGUCUUGCAACAAAAACAGUAAUGGUCAUUUAUGCGACUAUUACGUGAUGAAUUGGAUUUCAACCAGUUGUUGGAGUGAAAAACCAGGGUGUGACUAUUAUGCGGUGAAAUACUGUAUUUUUCAAGGUUUUUUUUUUAUUUAUUUUUUAUUUAUUUUUUUUGUGUAGCCACUACUCCAGUUAGUCUGAAAAUAAGAGUCCACGUUGACUCUGUGGAAUCAUACAGUUCUUGCAGAAUAUUCUCAUACAUAUUCAUACUCACAUUCCACUUCAUCCCAGUGAUGUUUGAUUGGACUGAAAUUUAGCUUUGCGGUAGGCCAUUUAGAGUAAACUGAUAGUCACUGUCAUGUAACCACUUCAGACGGCAUGUGUUUUGUGACAUAGAGCAUUAUUGUUGCUGGGAGUUCACAUUUGUAAAUUGAAAGGUUCUGGAAAGCAGAGAUACAUUUGGUCAGAUUGUUUUGUUAUAGCUCAAUUGAUGCUAUGUAGUGGUUAUGGUGCGGUUACUUACUCCACAAGAGUAGGUAGUCAAACGAUUUCAGAAUGAUUGACAACUUACCUAGGUCCUACCAGGCUACCGCUACUACCUCCCUGCUGCAGUAAGCUCCUGCAUGAAGCUUCCAGUUAUCUCUACUGAGCUAAGCUGACUCUGUGGGACCACACUCACUGGCUGAAAGCAUCAAUAGAGCAUUCUCAGCCAAUGCUUAUCUCAGUGGCAGGAGCUUCCAGCGGCAUGUGAGGUGGUAGCAGACAUCCGUUGUGAACCUGAUAAGUUGUCACACCAUUUUUUUAACCGUUUUACUUUAGUAUUUUUCUUUAAAUGAUGUAUAAUCAUGUGUUAUGUAUAUAUUAUAGACUGUGGGAAGCUCUUGCCUCUUAUUUAAAAGAUAUGCUUCCUUAGGAACUUCCUUACUCUCAUCUGAUCAUUGCAACGGGUAGCGAUGGGCCUUUCCCUGGAAAGUUCAACAAACUAACUUCUAAAGAAGAAGCGAUUCAGGUGUAUGAAGAUCUGGUCAAUGAGGUAAACCUUCAUAAGAGAUUUUUUUUUCCAUCUAAAAUGUACAUAAUGUAAUAAUCAGGGAAAUGUUAGUUGCCACCAAUCCUCAAUUCCAGUUUGAGGCCUCUUGUGUCCUAUCUCUCAUGUACCUAGGUUUUUUCUUGUCUUUAUUUUAUUACUUGUUUUAUUUUGUCUCUCAGUAAUAAAUCUGUUUUAUACUGCAGUUGGAGUCCUAGCCAAUGAAAUAUCUCUCUGGAUUGGCUUCCUCUACACUUCAAAGUCUCCAUAUGAGCUCUGAUCAAUAAACAGAUUCAUUAUUAUUACAAUAAGUUAACAAGACCUAGCUAAUUAAACUACAACUCCCAGGAAGUUAUAACAUCAUGUACAACUGUACAAUUGAAGCAAAAUGGGUAAACUCUACAGCAGGAUUGCCCAAUAGGUAGACCCCAACAUCUUUUAAAACUACAGCUUCCAUCAUGGGCAUCUGCAGGAAUUUUUCCGGGGGGGGGGAGGCAUAAAUGUAAUGAUAUCCAUGCUCGGCCCAUUUUUGCAGAGCUGGACUGGGGAUACAAAGGAGCCCUGGAAAAAAACGUACGCCAGCCCCAUACGCUAUUGUGCCAUAUUGUGUGUGUGUGUGUGUGAAUAUAUAUAUUUCACUGACACAAGCUCAUCCGCCCCUACUUAACGACUGAUGCGACUAAGGUGCUGGUCCAUUCCACUGUCCUUUCUCAUCUUGACUACUGUAAUCUGCUUCUCAGUGGUCUUACGUGCUCCCAACUUGCGCCGUUACAGUCCAUAAUGAAUGCGGGGGCGAGGCUCAUCUUCCUGUCCGCCCGCACCUCCCAUGCCUCACCCUUCUGUCAAUCCCUACAUUGGCUUAAGAUAUAGAGCUCAAUUUAAAAUUCUGGUUCUUGCUUUGAAAUCUACAUAAUGCUGCUCCCACCUAUCUAUCCUCCAUUAUACAGCCCCUUACCAUCUGCUGAAGACUUACAUCUAUCUUCUGUCCGUACUCCCACCUCUGAUGCUCACCUUCAAGAUUUCUCGAGGGCUGCACCAUUCCUGUGGAACUCUCUUCCCUCCUCUGUUAGAUGCUCACCCAGUCUCCACUCCUUCAAAAAAUCGUUAAAAAUCCACUUUUCCAUAAAAGCGUAUCAAUUGAACUGGUAAUAACUCCUGACUGAUUCCUCUUCUGCAACUGUCACUAGCCUAAUCCUUACGUUUUUUUUUUUGUCAUUUUACCCCACUCCCUCUAGCAUGUGAGCUCAUUGAGCAGGGCCCUCAACCCCUCUGUUCCUGUGUGUCCAACUUGUCUGGUUACAAUUACAUGUUUGUUUGUCCACCCAUUGUAAAGCGCUGCGGAAUUUGAUGGUGCUUUUUAAAUAACAUCGUAAUAAUAAUAAUAAUAAUAAUAGAUACCACAGGCUUACAGACAGACAACCUCAUUGACACACAUAAGCUCAUUGACAUAAAAACACAGCUCACUGUUACACACAAAUAGGCUCACUGACAGGCAAUCCCAUAGAUACACAGACAAGCUUAUUGGUACACACAUUCAAACUUAGUACAAACUCUGACACUCACACAAGGUUACUACAGACAAACACAUUGGUAUACAAACUUACUGACACACACAUGCUCAUUACAGAAAGGUUCACCGGCACACAAGAUCACUGACACAUAUACACAUGCCCACUACAGACAUGAUCAUGUACACGCACAUGCUUACUGCAGAAAGCUGACACACACACGCUCACUUAAACAUAAGCUCCUGGACACACACAUGCUCCCUUCAGAAAAGCUCAGUGACACAUGAUCAUUAUAGACACACAAGCUCAACAAAUCACAUACAGAUACUCACUGACACACACACAAGCUCAAUGACACAUACAGAUGCUCACUACCGACAAGCUCACUGACACACACAUCCUCCCUACAGAUAAAUUUACUGACACACACAUGCUCAUUACAGACAAACUCACUAUAAAUAAAUGAGGUAGAGGCAAACUGUCUGCCUACACAAAUUUCAAUAUGGACAAAAAAAAUCUCCACAUUGCAGCAAUAUCCCCAAACUGUAGUUCCAACAGUGUAUAAUAGCCAAACAGGAAAAAAGAUAGGAGUCUUGCGCAACUUGAAUUUGCAGUGCACCCCCUGGUGCAACACCUUUACUUUCAGAAGGACAAAGUAAAACAAACGUUUUGGGCACUAGCCCUUUAUCAAUGCUAAUGUACAGACAUACUCACUGACACACACGUUCACUACAGACAAGCUCACUGAUGCACUCAAAUUCUCACUAUAGAAAAGCUCACUGACACACACAAGCUCACUUACAAACAAGCUCACUGACACAUAUACACAUGCUCACUACAGACAAACUCACCGACUCAAACAUGCUCACUACAAACUCACUGACAUACACGUAAGCUCACAACAAACUCACUGACACACACACACACACACAAGCUCAUUGACACACAUAUACUUGCUCACUAAUACACAUGCUCACUUACAGACAAGCUCACACACAUACACUAUCACUGUCAUGAGCUGAAGCCUACCGGUCACAGAAGGCUGUGGGAGACUGGGCUGUUCUGUCGUCCUGCUUCUGGCGAGGUCAGCAGCAUGAGUGUGGGCGUGGAGCUUGUGAUGGGAGGGGCUUGCAUUCGGGAGGCGUGACUUGAAUUCAGGGGCAGAUCAUAGAGGCACCAAUUGCAGGGGAUUCGGAAGGGAGCCUGACAGUGCUCCCGCCGGCCCCCCUAUAAGCCUAAAUACGGCCCCUAGCACCUCCCUCCAGACCACAGCACCACUCUUCCUCAGACUCAGCUGUCACAGUAAGGGGCAAGUCCCCUCUAUUGUCCCUCUCUGUAGACGCCCAUGGCUUCCAUGAUGCUUUGUCAUUCUAAAGACUUACAAAGGAUCAUGGGAGUUGUAGAACUAUGACAUCUGAGGAAAAGAAAGAAAGAGACUGUAAUCUAAUCUACACAUUGUGCCUAACGCAUAUGGUUUAUGAAGUCCCUUUUUUGAGUGACUUUUUUCCACAUUUUAUAAUUUGAAUAUAUAUCUAUAUAGUUGUGCAAUUAUGCCCUCUGGUGGGCUUUUGAAAGAUAAUUAUAAUUAAAUAUAUAAUUUAAGUAAAUACAAAAAGAGGGCAAUCUGACACAAAAAAUAUACUGAAGCCUAAACGGUUAACUCAAACGGAGAUAACACAAAUGAUGUAACUGCAAACAAAUGAGAAAAGAACCCUAUAUGGGUUAAAAUCUCAAUAGAUUACCAUCAAGUUAUAAAACACUUUUUAUAGGUAAUCCAUUUAGAUUUUAACCCAUAUAGGGUUCUUUUCCCAUAUGUUUAUAAUUCAAGUAUUCGCUCCAGAUUUUGUUUUAAAAGGAGAUUUGUUACCAACAAGCCAAGAGACCUUCAAUCAAACCAACAAUAGAUACUAUAAACACAACUUUUUUAAACUUUGUAAACUUGUAGAUUUUACGGAAAUUUUUUUUUGCUCAUUUAAUAUCUCGAGCUGAAAAUUACACUAACCUUAAUGGUUAAAUGUCACCUUAGAUAAUUACUCCAACAGUGUGCAUCUACAUUACAGAGGUCUCCUGUUCUCAUAAAACCAAGGAAAAUGCUUUGCUCAUGGCAGAUCCACAUAUUUUUUUUUUUUUUUUUUUUACGUUUGUGUAUGCCUUAGCGCCAAGUCUCUGGAAACAUCAUAAGACACCCCAGUGCUGCCUGAGAUUAGUGGGUCAUACAAUCCAGGCAGCAGCUAUUUCAGCUGCCUUUACAUUAGUUACUCAAGUGUUACUAAUACCCGGGAGACGACAUUAAAGAGCACACUCGUAGGACUUUAGUACCGUGCUUUCAUGUGCUUUUAACCCCUUAAGGGCACAUGACAUAUGUGACAUGUCAUGAUUCCCUUUUAUUCCAGAAGUUUGGUCCUUAAGGGGUUAAACUGUUUUAAUUAAAGCAGACACAAAUCUAAAUUCACAGUUGAUUUGUCUGCUUCAAUAAAAUCAGCUUUGCAGCACUGUACCAAAGUCGUACAAAUGCACUCUUUCAUUUGUUCUGUCUCCUAGUUGGAGUUGAGAGCACCUAGGCACUGAUCUGUGAUGGAUAUUUGAAUGUGGAGAGAGAGAUAACUAAUUAAGUGCUUCUCUCAACCUCAUAUUUUUUUUUUUUUAUUUUUUUUUUAGCUCACAGCAUUAGAGAGCUACAGUUGUAGUAAGCUCUCCACUGUCUGCUCAGUAUUGUUAAGCACAAUAAUUAAAUUCUAGUUUAGUCUCCACCUAGGGAAUUAUUUACCUGCAGUGAUUCAUACAUUGCCUUGGCAACGGUUCCUUUAAGUAGAGUGAGCAGGUGAAGUGGUAUCAGGAGAUCAAAUUAUAGUAAUAAUAGCCCCCUAGCAUUUAUCAUUAGUCCUCUGCAAACGACAUAAUAUUGGAUUAAUAAGAAAACCAUUGUACUUUAUGGUCAUUGAGAAAACAAUGUAAGCAUUACAAACUUGUUUGUGUAAUUUCAUGUUUUUUUUAGGCCAUAUAUUGACAAAGUACUAGCCAUCUUUCUAACUUUCAAUCCAAAGUAAUAGUUCAGAUUUAAAUCAACUUCAGGUCUGUUUAAAUAUGAAAUGGUUCCCGGAGUCUGUAUAUGCACCAUUUUGCUAUGAACCCCUUUGUUGCCAGAGGUGUGGCUCCAUCAUUGGAAGUUUCAUUGUGGCGUCAUCAGCAAAUUCGGGACAAGAGCUAUGGGGUACCCUCUCCAUGUCACCCAUGUCUUCUCCUCAGUUUGUUCUCCCCCUACAUCAUCUCUUGGCAGCUAUAGAGACUGACAUAAGAGUAGGACUGAGGGGAGAACUUGCACUCAGCUCUGCAACAGAGAAGUUUAUUUUUUUUAUUUAUUUUUUAAGUUUGAGAGAGGGACCAGGAUUGGAAGAGCUAUUCUAACCAUAACCAGUAUUUUCUUAAAACACACAGGUUUUUUGUUGAAAAUACCUUUAAUCACAUACAUUAAUGAUAGUAUUGGUCCAUCAUUGCUUUUUAAUUAAGAAAGGCAAGUAAUUUGAUGUGGAUCAGGGCAAGCGGUGGCUUGCCAGAUGACACUGACCUUCAGAUCCCUUGAUCUUCAGCCAUUCUAUACUCAGACACAUUCUGACUAAGAUCAAAGGUAAAUCUGUAAAGCUCUGCUUUUGACCUCCCAUUACUGGGUGUCCAGGACUAAAUAUUGCAAGAAUCAUGUAAUUCGUGACUAUUUUAGGUGAUGUAGAUUACUUUUUAUCUGUAAGUAUACAACUUAUAUGUAUAUCAAGUAUUAAAAAAAAAUAUUUUCAAAUUUUAUUAAAACAUUCCAAAAAUGUUAAACUUUUUUAAAUAUACAUAUCUUUUUUUAAAACAUUUUUUUUAUUAAUAUUGUUAAGGGAAUAUUACAAAAAUUCGAUGUAAUGGGAGAUUAACAAAAAUCUCAGUUCGCUUCAUUGUUCCAAACAAAACUGGAUUGACUGAUUCCAUGUGCAAUCAACUUUUUUUUUUUUUUUAAAGGUUAAGAAAGCUAAGCACGUGGUGGUUGUGGGUGGUGGAUCUGCAGGAGUCGAGAUGGCUGCUGAACUGAAAACUGACUAUCCAGAAAAAGAGGUAAAGCAUAAAAAAUGGUGUCUCUUGAUUUUUUUUAUUUUUAUCUCUAUAAAUUGUAAAAGACCUAGUAUUUCAAAUGUUAUAUAUUACUAACAAAUAUUUAGUUUAAUGUAUUUUAAUGCUUACAUAAAUGUUUAUUUUGUCCUCAAUAUUUUUAUGCGAGUCAUGUAAUUGCACAAUGUCCAGUAUGGGCAAGGAAUGUGUUAUUUUAAAGGGAAAGAAACCCAUGAACCUGCUUAGUUCUACCGAACUUGCAGAUUAAAUAGGAUUUUAGGGAUAUGGGAAAAUAAGUUUGAAAAACGAAUAAAUUGCAUUUUAACCUGACCUUUUAUUUAAAGCAGCAUGGUCACCCUCCCCACCGCAAAAAUGGCUGCAUGGAAAUUGCUGUCUACGGUGGGUCCCACAGUCGUACAGGAUCCUCCGUAGACCUCAAUUCUGUACUCUUAUGUAUGCGCGAGAGUACAGCAGUAACGUUGGCACCAGAAGUCGAAGAUGAGCUGGCCGAUAAAGAUGGAGCUGUCCGUGAGGGAUGUAAAUCUGACAUUACCCGCCCUCGGCACCCCAAGACGGUGAAAGUUCCACUUUAGUAGCAUCACGGGGGGUUAGAAAGUAUGAGUAUUUGUUCUGUGACAUUUUAUUCUAGCAGUUUACUUUGAUAAAAAUCUAGAAUUGGCCCCACACUGCGGAAAAAUGUGGAGCAACCAACCACCCAUAAAUGGACCCAACUAAAAAUUCUAUUGAAAUACAUAUACUGGAAACUGCUGUGCCUAGGCUGUAUUCUAUUGGGGAUUGUUUAAAAAUUGUCAAUAUGCUACAAAAUGGAUGGCUUUGCUUUGUUUGUGCAGGUUACUUUGAUUCAUUCUAAAGUUGCUUUGGCAGAUGUGGAUCUGGAACCAAAGGUCAGACAAGCUAUUAAGGAGAUCCUCUUAAAGAAAGGAGUGAAGCUGGUAUUGGGUAAGUUGCUGUUUACCAUAAUGCUAAUUAUAUUAAUGUAUUUAGAAAACUGAGGUUUAGAGAAGCCCUGUUGUUACUAUGCAUCCUAUUCAAUUUAUGUCCCAGAUAUACGUUAACUAGACCAGUCAAAACAGAAAACAUGCACAAUUUUCAAAAGGCAGAGUCCAAUUACCAGACUAACAGGAAUACGUGCUUCUCACACAGAGAACCUAAUGUGCAGAAUCGGAUCUAAUUAGAAAAUUGUUUCCAGGUGGGUAUCCAACAGGUUCUGAAUAAAGUAACAAUCAUGAUCUAUGUGGCUUCAGAUCAAUCCGUGUAUACAGGGACCUAAAAUGGCAAAAAUCAGUUCAGAAAGUUGAACAAACUAGUCUAAUAGAGUUAUUCACUAAAGUGAGAACUCAAAGUGAAUUUAAAAUUUAAGGCCAAAAAAGCUGAAAUACUGGAAAAAUGCUCUGAGUCAGCCAUGCUUUUUUGGCCUUAAAUUUUAAAUACACUUUGAAUUCUCACGUUAGUAAAUAAGCCAGUGAACGUUGCAGUCAAUGUUUUCUUCUUAUUUCUGGCCCGCUUAGUAGCUAAACCCUGACAGUGUUUUACAGCCACCAGUGCUUAAUAUCCCUAUUUAGAGGAUUAAUGUGAUCCCAUAUUCCAGUUUUAUCACUAAUUAGUUCAUUUUACGUUUUUUGCAAAUGAAAAUGUCCAUUUCAUUAAUGUUCUAUAUUUAAUAUUGCAGGAUUAUUUCACUCACCAUUUCUUCUCCUUAUAGAGGUUUUUUUCUUUGUACAGCAUUUCAUAUGUGUAGCAUAACCACUGAAACAUGUUGCAGUGGUUAGGGUGCAUGGUGUAAGCAGACAAAACAUUUUGUAAUGGUUCAUUUUCUUACCUAGAGUUUGCCAAAUUCUGCUCCCUGCCUUCUCACAUCUAGAAACUCUAUCCGAGCUAAGCUCAGUGGUGCAGGUUUUACCUUAUUGGCUGAGAGCCAUCAGCUAAUGCUCUCAGACAAUGAGCUGACCCUGCAUUGCACAGCUUAGCUCAGGAGAGCUAAUGGAAUCUAGAGCAAGAGCUGCUAGCUCUCAUUUCCAGCUGUGAGGAUGCAGUAAGCAGAGCCCAAUAGAUCCUAGGUAAGAAGUCAAAUCAUUAGCAAACAGUUUGACCACAUACACAUUGGAGGUGUCAGGACACUGCUGGCACCAUAAUCACUACAGUGCACAGUAGUGAUUAUGGUGUAAGAUUGUUUUCCUUUAAUAAUAGAUAAAUACAUAAAACACUUGAAUCAUUUACAAAAACAAGAACUUGUAACUUGCUUGCAGAAAGGAAAUUGAAUUUAAAAAAAAAUCUCAAAUUGAUUCUAUAUUAAAACUAAGUUACAAAUUUAAAGGAAUACAGCAAGCACCACAUUUACUGCAGUGGUUAUAGUGUCAAGUAGUAAAACUGUUUUACAAGGGUUUGAGUUCUUACUUGGGAUCCGCUGGGUGCAGCUUCCGGCUUCCUUUACAGUUACAAGAUAGCCGUCAGAAGCACUCUGUCUGAGCAAAGCCAAGCAGUGCAGUGAUCUCAAGGUUUAAUGAUUCAGGGGUUAGCACAGGAAAGCUCCUAAGCAGGAGCGUCUGACUUUCCUGUAGUUUUAGUGGAGGUGAUUUGACUACUCCUGGACCAUAUCCACUCUAGCAUGCUGUAGUAGUUAUGGUGCUCGGGGUGUUCUUUAAGUAUGUUCACUGUGUGGAAUAGGAUGCUGUCGAUGUCCUCUUAUGUCUAGGCCAUAGUUUCUUUGCUCAUGAAAAUAUCAACACAGCUCUUGGUACUGAUGUAAUGCCAUUACAUACAAACGUUUUUUAUUUAUUUUAUUUUGUUUUGAACACUACAUCAGUAGGAAACAAUCUUAUCAUUAUAAGCUAAAGUAAAUUAAAGAGCACCACCAAAAGGAUGGAUGAAAGUUCAAAUUAGAUUUAAUUUCACUUCCCUGCCCUUCUUACCUGUUUGUCUGGUGGAAAAGUCCCAUGGUAUAUGCAUCUAUAAUUUUCAACAGGGCAGAGAGUCAGCAACCUGGAUGAGUUGACUUUGAAUGUAUCUCAAGAGAAUGUAGCAUUGCAUCUGGACAAAGAUUCAGAAGUGAUCAACGCCAACCUGAUUAUUGCCUGCAUAGGAUUGAAGAUCAAUUCAUCUUGCUACACUAGUGCUUUUGGUAAGAAAUCCUAAUAUUUAAAAAUCUUCAAAUGAUAUAGAGGCCAAAGAUAGUCUGACUAGCAUAUUAUGAUUAUAAUAAAUUAAAGGGACAUAAUAGUCUGCAGCUUAUUGUAGCUGUUCUGGUGAGUAUAAUCAUUCUAUUGAGGCUUUUUGCAGCAAACACUAUUUUUUUCAGAGAAAAUGCAGUGUUUACAUUACAGCCUAGGAAUAUCUCUACCGGCCACUUCUCAGAUGGCUCAUAGAGGUGCUUCCUGGGGUAGUGGAGACACUGAGCUUUCCUCAUAGAGAUGCAUUGAUUCAAUGCAUCUCUAUGAGGAGAUGCUGAAUGGCCAUAUCGAUGUUUGGCUUUGCCCCUGGCCUGCCUCCAUGACAAUCUCAACCAAAUGCUUUCCUAUGGGAUGUUUUUUUUUUUUCUUUUUUUUCUUUUCUUUUUUUUAUACUGCAUGUAGCAUAACCACUGAAACAUGUUGCAGUGGUUAGGGUGCCUGGUGUAAGCAGGCAAAACAUUUUGUAAUGUUUUCAUUUUCAAGCCUUCCCCCUCCCUGCAGAGCUCUGUCUGUGCUGAGCCCUCCAUGGGUGAAAAUGUAUAUAUAUAUUUAUUUUUGUGACCCCUAGUCACCUGGGGAGGGGGUAAAUUUUUAUUUAGUGCCCCCACCUGCUGCUCAGGGGUGGGGGCCAGGGGGAGGACAUUAGGUCCCCCCCCCUUAUUGUUAUUUAGGACCCCCACCCGCCGUGCAGGGGUGGGGCAUGGGGGAGCACAUUAGGUCUGCCCCCCUUAUUGUUAUUUAUGGCCCCCACCCACUGCUCAGGGGUGGGGGCUGAGGGGGAGGACAUUAGGUUCCCCCCUUAUUGUUAUUUAGGGCCCCUACCCGCUGCGCAGGAGUGGGGACCGGGGGGGAGGACAGUAGGCUCCCCCCAAAAUUCUUAUUUAUGGCACCCACCCACCACUCAGGGGUGGGGGCAAUAGGUUUUUUUUUUUGUUUUUUUUUAACCACUGGCUGCUCACUGUUUACUAGACAUGCCCUACUCGCGGUAUAGCGAGUAGGGCCUGAAUUUACUAAUACUAAGUAAUCUUUACUUAGUAUUAGUAAAUGAGGCUGAAAGACCAAUUUAGGUCUUUCAGCCUUUUGAUAGAUAGCUACCUAAUACCGUGGGAAUUAGGGAGUUAUCUACUAAGCGGCUGCUUAUUGUUAUUUUUAAGUGAUUUCUCUAUCCACAUUUGUGGCACUUGUCCUACUCUUACCCCCAUUUUACUUCCUUUUGCAGCCCUCUAGCCCUUUCCAGGAGUUUUUUUUAGAGCCAUUUUUGUGCCCAAAAGUUCGGGUCCCCAUUGACUUCAAUGGGAUUCGGGGUCAAGUUCGAGCCCGAACAAGGACUUUUAAAAAAAAAAAAAAAAAAAAAUUUUAUCUAUUUUUUUCAAAGUUCGCCCGGACCCGAACAUCCAGGUGUCCGCUCAACUCUAGCAAUAACACUUUUGGAAUCACAUUGCCACUAUGUUUUCUGAAAUUCUUUAUAGCCGAUGUAGAAUGUGAGUUUGUAUUUUAAGUAAGUUACAAGUUAUAUUUUUGAUUUAUGUUGUAGAAUUAAACUAGAUUUUGUGAUUUAGGUGACAAAUUGGCAAGUGAUGGCACUCUUCCAGUUAAUGGCUUCCUGCAAGUGGAUGGACAUGACAAUAUUUACGCAGUUGGUGACUGUGCCAAUUUAGCAGGACCCAAACUGGCAUACCUUGCAGGUUUACAUGCUAAGGUUUCUGUUACGAACAUAAUCAACAGCCUAAUGGGAAAGCCACUUAAACCUUUCAAAUCAGGUAUUGUAGACUUAAUUUAUCAUGAAUUACUUAUCAGUAAUGUAAUAUGAACAAGAAUAAAUGUUGGAACACAUAUCCAUAGUCUACUGAAUUUUAAAUGUAAAUAGUAUGUGUUCCAACAAUCUUUGAAAUAGUUCAAAUUAGCAUAGUUAACAACCAUUAUAAUUUAUAUGGACUUAAUCACACUGUCUCUUGAUAGCUAAAUAAAUGAUGUGAUUGUACAUAGUUUUGUGAAGUGUGACUCUCCGUAUUAAAGUCAAGAACUACUGAAGAAGGCAACAGGCUAAACUAAGAACAUUAAAGUGACACUCCAGUAACCAAAACAGCUUCAUCUAAAUUAAUCCCCUGAGGAACAGUGCCUCCAUGGGCCUCCUGGCACCAUAGCGGUGCCAGGAGGCCCAUGGAGGCACUGUUCCUCAGGGGAUUAAAUAGUUUUCGAGCGAUAUAACCCCAAAGUUGCGUCCAGCAGCGAUGUCCCCUCUCUCCUUGGCAGCAUCCGGCUUCUGAACUUUCAGAUUCAGGAAGAGCAAGUGCAGGGCAGGGUCGCCGCUGAUUGGCUGAGAGUGGUCAGCUGACACUCUCAGCCAAUUAGUGACUCCUCAUUCACUAAACUAGAUUGGAAAAGGUACAUUUCUUUCCAAUCGAGUUUAAUGAAUGGGGAGUCACUGAUUGGCUAAGAGGGUCAGCUGACGCUCAGCUGAAUCUGGAUCCCACAAGGAGGGAGCCCCCUCCAGGGGCCUUCUGACACCAUAACAACUUAAUUUUAGAUGAAGUUGUUUUGGUGCCUGGAGAGUCCCUUUAAUAAUUAAGAACAUAAUGGACAAAUACAGCAACACUUACACUAAUUGGGAAUAAAUAUCCACACAGAGGUGGAAUAUAUAUACUCAGUCUUACUGUAUUGUUUAAAACUGCUUACUAAAACACGCAGUGGAGAUAUACAUUAAGUCACUAUUUUUUUUUUUUAUUUUUUUUUUUUUAUCAACGUGACUGUUGUGCCCCAUGCUAUCUUGUGUCCAAUAAAACCAUUGACUUAGAGCUCUAACAAGUUGAGAUUCCCAUGUGGCCAUUAAUUAAAACUUAAAAUUAUAUUUAGGUGGAGCAUGCAUCUCUCUAGCAAAUCUUCACAUGAGUGUAACAUUUAUAAGUUGCUGAUUAAAGGGACACUGUAGUCACUAUAACCAUUUCUUGUCUUUGAAUUGGUUAUAGUUCCUGGAGCCACCAGGCACUGUCCCUCCAUUCAGUGUGAAACAAUUUUAGAGCAGUUUAACACUAAAUAAGGGUUCCUGGCCACUUCUGGAGGUAUAGCUAGGGCAUAGAUUACACACUUCCUUGUAGUCGUCAUACCGUCAGCUCCAAUAGGAGCUUGAUAGGCUAAAAGAGGUCAGCUGACACUCUCAACCAAUCACAGUGGCCUAUUGCUGCUCAGGCUAAUAUUUUCUCAUUAGCCAAAGCAGAACAGAGGGGAGGGUCUACUGGGGACACUCAUUUAGCGCUAAAACAUAAAAACCUUAAAAGCUGUUUAAUGCUGAAUGAAAUUAUGUCACCAGGGGAUUACAUACACUAUAACCCAGGGGGGCCUAAAACGUAGAUCCCCAGAUAUUUUAAAACUACAGCUUCCGUGAUGAUUUGUCAUACUAAAGGCAUUCUAAGGACAUGCAAAGCAUCUAGGGAGUAGUAGUUCUACAACAUCUGUGGAUCCACCUUUUGGGCACCCCUGCUAAAACAAGUUUAGUAAGAUUAAACAGAUAUGGUGCCUUUAAGGAAACAUAGGUGUACUUUAAAAAUGUUCCACUCAUCAAAGUGUACUUUGGCUUAAAAAAUGUUGUUGACCAUCUGUCUAUGCUGUAUAUAACAGGAAUCAUUUAUACAUAAUGGAGUCUACAUCAUAUCAAACAUUUGGACAUUUUGUCAGAGGUUUUAUUUCUUCCAUAGCAUGAAGUGGCUUUAUUCAGAUACUUAUAAGAAAUUAUCAGCAUGCUAUCUUCUCCACAGUCACUGAAAUCUGGAAGAUAUUCAUUUGAAGUCAUACUGAGAUGAUGUCUCCACAAUUAUUAAUACAUAUCUUAUGUAAUGCUUAUGAUGUUCUCCACCUCCAUUGCUCCAGUGUCACCCUUCCUCUUUUACAUGACUUACUCUAUUUUAAUUUUUAUAACAUUUCUCUUGCAGUAUUUCAACAAAUUGAAUGUAGAAUGUGUUGCACACUGAUUUCUCCCCUCCCCUCUCUCCCCCCAACUAUUCACACCAUGAUGUAACUGCUAAAAAUGAAUCCUUCUUGAUGCUUUCUCAGUGCUUAGUCUUGCCACUGCCAAGUGCUUGUUCCAGAAUAAUCCAGACCAGGGCUCCUUUCCUGACAUUUUUUUUUAAAGAUUUAAAAUAUUUUUAUUUGUCAUUUUUAUUUCCAUAUAAUGCAUUAGAAAGGAACUGGUCAUAUCUUGUCUGGAAUGUCCCCUAAUUAAGUUAAUCUAUUUUCCAUGGAACGUAUGAUCUUGAUCUUUGAUUUAACAUCUCAAAAUGAUGCAUAAAUUAGGACAGGGAUAGGCAACCUUCUGCACCCUAGAUGUUGUGAACUACAUAUCGUAUAAAGCUCUUACUGCCAUAAUGCUGGCAAAGGAUCAGGGCAGAUGUAGUCCAUAACAUCUUGAGUUCCAAUGGUUGCCUACCCUUGAAUUUGCCAAAGUAUAGAAAAGAAAAACCAAGGGGUAAACCGUUUAGUAGGUGAGCCCCUUUGGAAAGUGAGUAACCCAAAUUAAAACGUAACUUUUAAUAAAUAUAGUAAAAGAAAUGAAUGAAACAAUAAUAAAUCAAAUAUAAAAAUAGUCAGCAGAAUAAAUAUAACUUCUGCCUGUAUAAGGAGAAAUAAAUUCCCCAAAGGUGCAUAAAGCACAUAGAGUAUACAAAGUAUCUGAGUAAUACUGUCAAAAUAAAUAUUCAGGAUGAAUAGAUAGAAAAUUUAUUAAUUGAAGCAAGAAAAAAAAUAUAUAAAUGGAAAAACUCCAAAAGAAUUUAAAUAUCAGUCCAAUGAUGUCUCACUGUCAAAACCGUGAUAGUUGGAAGCUUAGAUCGACUACUGCAAGGAAUUGAUACAGGAUUAGCAACAAAUGUAACUACAAACUGAAGUCACAUAUGUUGCUUGUCAAAUAACCCAGACAGGGGAGAUUACAUAAAUGGUAGCAAAAUGGUUAGUCCUGCCAGAGAUCGAGGUGGUUUUCGAGGAGAAAAAGUGGAUAUUAAAGACUAGCUUCCCUACUCUGCUGUGCCUUCGAGGGAACCCCUUAAAAAAUGCUAGUAACCCCCUUCUCUUUUCUAAGUUGAAUAAAUGCAGUAUGUUAAACAAAAAAUGAUAAAUAGAGAAAUAAAAUAAAUCUUGUAUGGGUGGUGUAAUCUAAUCGUAUCAAGGCAUUUCCCCUUAUCAACUGGACCAACACAAUGCAGAGUAACGUCCCGACGCGCGUUUCGCCGUUAAGGCUCUUCCAGGGGAACAGAAUCAUUUUGCAGUGAUUUAAAUAAGGCGCCUCUGUCCCUAAUUGGAUUUCCAUUCACCAAUACAUGAACGGAUUAAAUGUAGUGGGUGGAGCCAAAGCUUUGUGUGUUUUAACCCCUUGGGUGUAGUAAUAUUUUAGUACAAAAAAGGUUUAUGUUAAAUGUUUGUGGUUCCUGGUGUCACUGAAGGAAAAAAGACUGCUAUCUAAACAGAUUAUUCAUAAUAUUGACAUAUGGUAAUUCCCCAAAUAAAAUGACUAAUAGUAAGACAUGGACACAAAACUAUUGAAACAAACAUAAAAGCCAAAAAGGUAACUGUGUGAAGGACAAUUAGUUCAUCUUGGGUAAUAGUUGUAAAAUGCUGUCCCUGCUGUAUAGGUAAGGCAUUGAAAGUUCUAUACUUUGGCUUAUUCAUACUGGGGGUUAUCCCCCAUCACCUUAGAGUAACCCGACACCUUCUACCUGAUCCUUUUUUUGUUUAUAUUACCCUUGAAAUUGGAACAUGAAGAAAUUAGAGACACGCAAUAAAAAAUAAAAUGGCUGCAACUGUGUUAUCAGAAACCUAUUUUAUAUAAUUUAUUUUAAGUAAACUUCAAUGCCCCUGAGCUGAAUUUAUACAAAACAAUUAAAUAUUUUAAUAUCUCUUUGCAGGAUCACUCAGUAUGCUCUUAUCAAUGGGACGAAAUGAUGGUGUUGGCCAAAUCAAUGGCUGCUAUGUAGGUAGUUUUAUUGUGACCAAGGCUAAAAGCAAGGACAUAUUUGUUGGACAAAGCUGGAAAGAAAUGGGGCAAAAAAUGCCUAAAUAA